GGCAACACUAGCUACUAUUUUCAGAACUGGAUCAGGGUCCAGGUCCGAGUCUAUGUGAUUUCCAUUGGAAACCAUUGAUUGAUCUUUCCCGAACCACGAGCCAAGCAAAAUUAUCUUUCUUCCCAAGCUUUCUCUGCGGGGGUGCUAGUGGUUCUUGUAUCAGGCAAAUGGUCUUUUCCUUGAGUUCUACAUCAAAAAAUUUACGGACUCGCAUCAGUGGAUCUGGCUUCUGUUGAUAUCGAUGCUAUUCUUCUCUCGAUUUACCGUUGUUUCCCGGAAAAUGAUGACAGUGGUGCGAAGAUAGAGGGACACUUUUAACUAUUUUGGUAAGAACCUGAUGGCACCGACCCGGCAAAAAUACACUAGAUCAAGCACACCGCAUAAUGCUACAAAGGCAAAGUUAUCUUUUGUUACAACUCACUACCACUAUGCUUGUUACCGCACAAGACGCAAUUGCAAAGACAUAUGAUUUUGUGAUCAUUGGUGCGCAGCAAAGGCCCUCCCUUCUACCAUUGUAUUCAUCUAUGUUCACCGUGACACAUCAGACCGCAGGACUAUGUCUGGCUGCAAGGUUGACUGAAGACCCCAAUGUGACGGUGCUGCUUCUCGAGGCCGGGGUUGAGAAUCUGGAUGAUCCAAUGAUUACACUCUCAGCUCAAUAUGGGUCACACUUUGGACAGAAAGCUUAUGACUGGGGCUUUCAAACAACCCCCCAGAAGUCUUGUGAUGGUGCCCAAUUUUUCUGGCCUCGAGGCAAGCUCUUAGGUGGAAGUUCAGCUAUCAACUUUCUUGUUUGGUCCAAGCCGCCUGCUUCGCACAUUGACGACUGGGAGAAGCUGGGAAAUCCUGGAUGGAACUGGGCAAGCUAUGAUAAGUGUAUGCAGAAGGUUGAGAACUUUUUGUUACCUUCUCCCGAGGUUGAGAGCAUGCUGGGUCUGGAUUCUAAACAGUGGUUUGCAAACGCAAGUGCUCCCUUGAAGACAGGAUACCCUGCUACCACAACGUCUGUAGAAAUUGCAGCGUAUAAGACCUUGUUAAACAUGGGCAUUCAACGUGCCGCAGACCCUAUGAAUGGUGAUCCCAAUGGAGUCUUCUUUACUCCCAACUCUAUUGACACUGUGACGCACACUCGUACAUAUGCUACAACGGCCUAUUACUUGCCUAACAUACACAGACCCAAUUUUUCCGUUCUGGUGGCUGCUCAUGUUACUCAAAUUUUGACAUCACAAGAUGCACCAGGCUCCAAGGUGACAGCAACUGGGGUGGAGUUCAUACACGGAGACCAGAAAUAUACCAUCAACGCGAAUAAAGAAGUGGUUCUCUGCGCUGGUGCCAUUUCGUCACCUCAUAUACUUGAGCUUUCUGGCAUCGGCAGGAAAUCUGUCCUAGACUCAAUCCAAGUGCCAUUGAAGGUUGAUUUACCAGGCGUUGGAGAGAACGUACAGGAGCAUAUGUUUGCGGGCGUCACUUAUGAGCUUGCUUCAUCUUUCCAGGAAUUUACGCUUGACUUCAUCCGCGAUCCUGAGGUUGCGAAGCAGCAUGCUGUUCUCCACGCUGCAGGACAAGGUGUUUAUACCAUGGGUGUCACCGGGAUGGCUUACACCCCUCUGAAGGCUAUUACCGAACACUGUCAAACCAUUUAUGAAGCUGCCAAGGCGAAAGUUAUCGAAAACAUCUCUUCUUAUCCCCCGGGUCUGUACGAACAAUAUGAGAUGCAGCUAGAGCGUCUCAUAAAUGGGACCCCAAUUUGUGAACUUAUCAUUUUCCCCGGUUUCUUGUCGUUUCCCAAUCCUCCAACUCCUGGAAAGAAUUACAUCACAAUCUGCCCUGCGCUUAACAACAACUUCUCAAGGGGAACCAUUCAUUCUGUCUCUUCUUCCCCUUUCGACAAACCGGCUUUAGACCCUCAUUACUUUGAACAGGACGUUGAUCUACAAGUGAUGGUCGAAAUCUUGAAAUUUAUCAGGAAAAUGCCUGAGCAUGCUCCGUUCAAGGAUGUUUUAGCUUCUCCCUUAACAGAGGUCAAUCCCGGUCCUUCGGUAGUGACAGAUGACGACAUCAGAGAUCAUCUGAAAAAGUGUCUCUCCACAACAUUCCAUACUGCCGGAUCUCUAUCGAUGUUACCGAAAGAUAAAGGUGGGGUAGUCGAUCAUAAUUUAAAGGUCUACGAUACAACAAACAUCCGUGUUGUGGAUUUGUCCAUUGUACCCGUCCUCUUCACUGCUCACCCCCAAGCUACUGUAUAUAUGAUUGCUGAGAAAGGUGCCGAAAUCAUCCAAGGACAAACCUAGAAAUUAAUCGAAACUUUAUUGUACUGAGAUGUAAAGCGCGUUAUAGCGUGAUAGGAUGUCUGUUUUGCGUCGGAGGCUUGACCCGAAAUCAAGUGAUGUAAUAAAUGAUAAUAUCGUAGGCUUUAAUCAGGCCGCUAUCUGCGCAAUGGUUUUGUCAGCACGAAGGAUCAGUGCUAAUUCUCAUUUGACUCUAAUCUAAACAGCUAUUCUUCUGAUGGGCGACCUGAGCUCCACUACAAAUGGACAUAAUGUGUGAUUU